AAUCAUCUUGCGGUUUCGGCGCGGCGGUCACGAGUAGCAGGGCUAUAACAGCCUCGUGACACCGGCUCGCGAGACACAGCUACGACGACCUGCCUGACCGGGACCUCCUCCGCUCGGGCUCUUCCAUGGGAGCUGAGCUCAGCAAGACUUCCACGAUGGAUGAGACCUCAGAUGAGCCUCCCACUUCUGCCGUCCUCUUAGACAACUGCCACUUCUCCCAGGUCGUCUUUAACAACGUGGAGAAGUUUUAUAUUCCUGGAGGAGACAUAACCUGUUAUUACACCCUCACACAGAACAUCAUUCCUCGUGGGAAGGACUGGGUGGGCAUCUUCCGGGUGGGAUGGAAAACAACCCGGGAGUAUUACACCUUCAUGUGGGCUCCUCUGCCCAGUGACACCCCCAGUGACACCCCCAGUGACACCGCUGUGCAGCAGCAGAUCCAGUUCAAAGCUUAUUACCUGCCGAAAGACGAUGAAUACUACCAGUUCUGCUACAUUGACCAGGACGGGGUGGUGCGGGGGGCCAGCGUGCCUUUCCAGUUCAGAGCGGAGACGGAGGACGAUAUCCUGGUGGUUACCACACAGGGAGAAGUGGAAGAGAUUGAACUGCAAAACAAAAAUCUGCGUAAAGAAAAUGAGGAGCUGAAAGCAAGCUGUGCGAGUCUCGAGAAACAAAAGAUGGAUCUGCAGGAAGAGCUCAACAAGAUGCAGGAGCUGGAGAAUAAUUUAGAGUCUCUAAAGAGCAACACAGAGAAACUGGAGCUGGAGCUGAAUUCCCUGAAAAAGGAAAAUAAACAUCUAAAGGAGCUGGAUGACUGCAGAGAGGCAGAACUGCACCAACUCAACUUGCAAAUUCAGAAUGUGACCUUUGACAAGGAACGCCUGGAAACCAGACUGAAAUCAGCCCUGGAUCACAUGGACCAGCUGCAGUCCCAAGUGCUGAAUUAUGAGAAAGAAGUGGAAAGCCUGUCUCUCGUGGACCGUGACAAGACAGAGGAGCUUGAAAGUUUGAAGGAAGAGAAUCGCCAGUUACGCGCGAUUGGAAUUCAACAGCAACAAAACCAGGACUUGAUGAAAGAACUUGAGGAGCAGAAGCGUUUGUUUCAGAUUCUGCAGGCAAAAAAGGAUGAAGCUGAUGAGGAAAAUCAGAAACUGAGGGAAGAGAAUGAAGUGCUGAGGCGUCUCUUGGAGGCUGGAGAGGUUUCUUCCUCCUCUGCUGUUUCACAAGCUCAAGCUCCAGUUCCAGGUCCAGAGGCAGGAGGCUUUCUGUUUGGAAGUCCCUAUUGUGCAGCAGGAGCAAACCUGGGGGCAGGAGCUGCAGACUUUGUUUCUAUAAGGAAAUGCCCCAUGUGCAAUGAAGUAUUUCCUGAAGACGUCGAAGCCCAUGAGUAUGAGGCCCACGUGCAGAGCCAUCUCCUGGAGUGCCCCAUCUGCCAUGAGACCUUUGUUAAUGCCAAUAAGCAGGUGUAUGAUGACCAUGUCUUUUGUCACAACCUGGAAUAAUUCUGACUUUGCAUCUUCUCUGUAGAAUAAGAGGCUGCAGCAUAGAAUAGACCAAAAUCACUGUAUAGGCUUGACUCGUGCUAAUAAGAUCACCCAGACGUGACUGACGGAGCUUUCUGUUCCAUGCAGUACGUGACCAAUGCAUAAAUGAGGUUAGGCACCCACAUCCUCAAACUGAAUCAACGUAACAAAACUUAAGUCCUGUGUCUUGGAUCAAGUAUAUGUGCUUGUUAAACGAGUUACAAAUCCUCUUACUAGUAAUACAGUUGAAUGUGGUACCCAUUCUUUAGAACAGGAUUGGCCACGUAACCGUUCAUCCAGGUGGGGAUCCAGGUGAUGGGAUGCAGUACAGCAGUUUUCUGCACUUGGCUGAAACACCUCUAUUAUAAAGGUUUUAUUCUUUAAUAUAGCACUGUGUUUACUAACCAAAGACCAGAAACAUUGUAUAAUCUUUUAGGAUCACACCUUCAGUCCUGCUCAGCUUCUGGAAUGCAGAAGUAAUUAUUAAUAAGUGAAAAAGUCUAAAUAAAAAUACAUCUUUCACUAUCAGCUGUAAAUCAAGGGAAAGAGAUGUAUUUAUAAGGAUCUGUUUGCAGAUCUGGAGAUUCAGGGCCCUCCAGCAAAGUCGGCAGCACGGCUUGUUCCAGGGUGAGGCACGUGCACUGUUUUCUCCAUCCAUCUCCAGAUGAGGAAAACCUGACAUUUCUGCAACAGGGAAGGUCAGUGUGUGUGGAGCCCGUAGAAAAGCAGCGAAAAAGCAGCCCAGAGGAUAAAUGGUGUCUCGGUCAGAAACUGGGCAUCCUUAUUUAGAGGAAAUUAUAAAUUUGGAUUAUUUCUUUUUUUACAUUUCUAAACUUCCUUGAUUUAACAAGAAGAGCCUGUUCUCUCAAACCAAAAUGUUGUGAUCCAAAACCAAGUGCCUUAUGAUAUUACAAUGCUUUAUGCACAGAUUAUCCAGUUACUAUUUUUAUUUCUGCUUCAGGAUUUUCAAUUUAUGAUUAACAGCUCUUUUUCCAUGCAACCACAAAUGGGGAAAGGUUUAUUAUCCAGAUGUAUUAGACUGCGUUUCCUGCUGAAUAUCUGAAGCAUCGGAAAAUCCUAAGACGUUUACAUAGAGUUGUAAGAGUAUUUAGAGUAAUAAAGAUUUCAAAAUGUUUUACUGUUUUGAUUCUACACAAACUUUUUAUCAACCUAGCUUUAAACAGAGUAUUUCUGUCCUGAGGUGUACUAUACUGGUCAGCAUUAUUUAAAAAAAAAAAACUGUAAAAGAAAAUAACAGCAAACAAAAAUAAAAGCUAUAUGGAGAAAAUCUUUGAAAAA